GUGGAUCCUUCCAAGGUCUCAGCUGUUCAGAACUGGUCGACACCGAGGAGUCCGUCCGAGGUUCGCAGUUUUCUCGGUCUAGCUGGUUACUAUCGCAGGUUCAUCGAGGGAUUUUUCAAGAUCGCCCUCCCUCUAUCCCAGCUGACGAGGAAGUCUGUGAGGUUCGAGUGGACUGACCGAUGUGAGUCGAGCUUUGAGAAGCUCAAGAGGAGAUUAACUUUAGCACCGGUGUUGACUAUUCCCGAUCCUUCUCGGAGUUUUACUAUCUUCAGCGAUGCUUCGAGACAGGGCUUGGGAUGUGUCCUUAUGCAGGAUGGCCAGGUCGUCGCGUAUGCUUCACGUCAGCUUAAGCCGCAUGAGCAGAACUAUCCGACGCACGACUUGGAGUUAGCCGCAGUCGUUCAUGCUCUCAAGAUUUUGCGACACUAUCUUUACGGCAGUCAUUGUGAGAUUUUCACAGAUCGUAAGAGCUUGCAGUAUAUCUUUACUCAGAAGGAGCUCAAUAUGAGACAGCACCGUUGGUUAGAGCUCGUCAAGGAUUACGACUGCUCGAUUCAGUAUCAUCCAGGGAAGGCGAACGUUGUUGCUGACGCCCUUAGCCGAAAGGUGAGGGGUGACUUGACGUACGUCAUUACUCAGCAGAGUCCAUUGAUUCAGGAGUUUGCCCGGAUGCAGCUUCAGGCGAUCGAUGCACUUCCCAUGGCCGUUUCGGGGAUUACCAGUGCCAGUGUCAGUGCUAGACAGCUUCAGCCGACGCUGAGAGAGAGAAUCCGGCGAGAGCAGGCUUCUGACGAGUUCAUUCGUGUUAUGGAGGCCAAGGUUCGCACCGGAGGCGUCGAGGCCCAUCCUGGGAGCACAAAGAUGUAUCAUGACCUGAAAGGGUCGUUCUGGUGGCGAGGUAUGAAGAAGGAUGUCGCCGAGUUCGUCGGGAGGUGUUUUACCUGUCAGCAAGUCAAGGCCGAACAUCAGAGUCCGAUUGGCCUCCUGCAGCCACUGCCGAUUCCGAGGUGGAAGUGGGAGGAGGUCACGAUGGAUUUCGUUACGGGAUUACCGAGGUC